UAAUUUAAAUCGUUAAUCCGAGACAUCUGAUGUAGUUUAAUACAUAGCUAAUAUGCAGCUUAUGUUCCUAUUCUUUUGAAUGGAGGAACUAUUAACCUAUCGACAAAUACAAUAUUACACAGUCCAGUCAAAUAAUUUUAGUAUUAAAACAAAUUUGGAUGGAACAGAUACUCGAUACUUGUAAGGAGCUAAAUAAAAUUGAGGAAAUGUCUUCUUCAUGUACUUUUCCUCCAGAUUUCCUCAUUGGCUGUGCGUCAGCGUCAUACCAAGUGGAAGGGGGAUGGAAUGCUGAUGACAAAGGGGAGAAUAUCUGGGACCACUUGACUCACACUCAGCCAGACAAGAUCAAGAACAGAGACAACGGAGAUGUGGCCUGUGACUCUUACAACAAAUACAGAGAAGAUGUGCAACUGAUCAAGGACAUUGGGUUCAACCACUACAGAUUUUCAAUCAGCUGGAGUCGAGUGCUGCCCACUGGUUAUGACAACGUUGUGAGCAAAGCUGGCCUUGGCUAUUACCACAGAUUGAUAGAUCAAUUGAAGGCCAAUGGAAUUGAGCCUAUUGUCACACUCUACCAUUGGGACCUUCCUCAGCCUCUACAGGAACUCGGGGGAUGGGUCAAUCCUCUUAUGUCUGAUUACUUCCAGAAAUAUGCCAGAGUUAUGUUUGAAGAAUUCGGUGAUAAGGAUGUUGAGGAGGAGAUGCAGUCUAAUCCAGCCAACUUUUGGAAGUAUAUGAACAGGUUUAGGAGGAUCCUACUGUCGUUCCUAUAG